AUGUCAGACUCACUCCUCAAAAUCAAAUUGCAAAACAAGGCAAAGGAACAACAGGAGAAGGCCAUUCAAGAUAGAAAGAAGGGAAUAUUGGUCUUGAUGAUAAGACACUUAUUUGAUAAUGGGUAUCUUGACACAGCUGAGAGAAUGCAAUCGGAAACAGGAAUAUCACUCAAAAGGUUUGAUGCUGCUGAUAAUAUGGAUCUCAAUAAUAUUAUGAUUGAAUUUGAAGAAUACUAUCAAAUGAAAUUUAUGAAGAAACCAAAACUUUUCCGAAAACUACAAUCUGAUGCUGAUGAUACUCCAUCAAAUAUACCACCAAGUUCUAAAACAGCUCCAUCCUCCUCUGCAACAGCAAAAACAUCAAGAGCUGCAAGUGGAAGCUCCUCUUCUUCGGAUCAAAAGGACAAACCAUCAGUAACUUCAAAAACAGCACCAUCAUCAUCUACAAGAAAAACACCUACAACUAUUACAGGAGCAAAAACAUCAGCUAAGGAUAAUAAGGACACAAAAGAAGAUAAUGAGAAACAAAAUGAAGGAUUUGAUAUUUCAGGAAAAAAAUUGGAUACUACAAAACAACAACAACAAAAACAAGAAAAGAAGGAAAUUACAACCGAGGAAAAUGAAGAAGACUAUUAUGAGGAAAGGUUAUUGAAACCUCUACCUGAAAAUUUAUUCUUUGGUGAUAUGAGAGAACUUGCAGAAAUGAUUAGAAGAGAAAUCAUUGUCACUAAUCCAAUGGUACAUUGGGAUGAUAUUUCAGGAUUACAUUAUGCCAAACAAAUGGUUAAGGAAGCAGUUGUCAUGCCACUUAAAUAUCCUCAAUUCUUCACAGGAUUGAUAACACCUUGGAAAGGAGCUUUGUUAUUUGGGCCACCAGGUACUGGUAAGACAAUGUUGGCUAAAGCUGUAGCAACCGAGUGUAAAACCACCUUCUUCAAUAUAUCUGCAUCCUCAAUUGUGUCAAAAUGGAGAGGUGACAGUGAAAAAUUAGUCAGAGUACUUUUCCAACUUGCUAGACAUCAUGCACCUUCUACAAUUUUUUUGGACGAAUUGGACUCUAUUAUGAGUCAAAGAGUUUCAGCCACAGAACAUGAAGGUUCGAGAAGAAUGAAAACAGAAUUAUUGAUUCAAAUGGAUGGUCUGUCGAAGAGUAAUGACCUUGUAUUUGUGUUGGCUGCUAGUAACCUUCCUUGGGAUUUAGAUCAAGCUGUUUUGAGAAGAUUGGAAAAGAAAAUCCUUGUAGGCUUGCCAGAUAAGGAUUCAAGAAAUUCAAUAUUCAAAAAUUGCCUUACUCCUGAAAGAGCCAAUUUGACCGAGACUCAAUACCAAGAUUUAGCCGAGAAAACAGAAGGAUAUUCCGGAUCUGAUAUCACACUUGCUUGCAAGGAAAGUGCCAUGAUUCCUGUAAGAAAAAUUUUCAGUCAACUAGAAAAGUUGGAUGCAAAAGCAACGAAUGCAGCAGAUAAGGUAGUUUUAGAUAAGGUAGAAAUGAAAGAUAUCGAAUAUUCUCUCAAUAUUAUCAAACCCAGCGGAAACCAAUAUGAAGAGCAAUAUAAUAAAUGGCAACAAAAAUUUGGAAUUUAA